UGACGCUGAAUCAGUCGUGCCACUACCGAGAUCGGAGUCGGAGUCGAGACUCGUGAUCCAUCGGGUCAUAAUAACAAGUCGUCCGAGCCGCUGAUUUUUUUUUAACAAGCGCCUCUUUGUGUAUCAAUUAUCAAAAAUAAUAUCAUUAUCAAAUCUAUAAUAAUUGCCAAUUUUACAUUGACAUAUUUUUUUAAUAUAUUAAAUUUUUUUUUUUUUCAAAUAAAAAUUGAGUAAAGUAAAAUUUUCCAUUAGAAUUUUUUUUUAUGUUCUUUUGUGAUAUUUUUUAAACGCCGUAUAAAUUCCGGCUCUCCAGCUGCGGCAUUGAAAAAAACAAUUUUCCUUUUUUAUUUUAUUUUCUUUAUACAUAUCUAUAUUUUUUUUUUUUUUUUUUUUUAUCCCUGGAGGAUUUAACUGGAAAAAAAACUUUGAAAAAAAAAAGAAAAUUUUUUUGGAGUAAAAAUAUAAUAAUAAUUAAAGUGAAUGAGUGAAGUGAUUAGUUUUAUGAAAAUUUUAAAUUUAAAUAUUGAAAAUUAUUCCUGACGAAUAUUUAUAAAUGUAAAAGAAAAAAAAAAAAAAAAAAAAGAAAUAAUAAAAGGUUUGUUGGUGUAAUUGAAAAUAUAAUAAUUUUAUUGAAUGGUGGAUAUGACAUAUAAACUUUUGUGCAAUUACGUUAUAACGAUAAUAUCAAUACGUGCGCAUGUGUCCAGUGGGAUUUAAUAAUAAAACACUCGCCGCUUAUCUGGAUACUUUGACGACGCCUCCAGCUGGACUCUCUCAUGUCAGGAUGGCGCUGGCGCGACUUGCGGUGAGCGACUGUGCGCCUCAAACGUCGCGAGUCAGCUCGAAUUUGCACAGCAGCAGUAGUAUGGCGGUGAGUCGGGUGCCGAGCCCUCCGCCGCCUGAAGUAAACACCCCCGUUGCUGAAAAUUGGUGUUACACACAGGUGAAGGUCGUUAAGUUCAGCUAUAUGUGGACAAUAAAUAAUUUUAGUUUUUGUCGUGAAGAAAUGGGUGAAGUACUGAAAUCAUCAACAUUUUCAGCUGGAGCCAAUGACAAACUUAAAUGGUGUUUAAGAGUCAAUCCAAAAGGCCUAGAUGAAGAAAGUAAAGAUUAUUUGUCACUUUAUUUGCUCUUGGUGUCAUGCAAUAAAUCAGAAGUUAGAGCUAAAUUUAAAUUUUCAAUUCUUAAUGCCAAAAGAGAAGAAACCAAAGCUAUGGAAAGCCAACGGGCCUACAGGUUUGUCCAGGGUAAAGACUGGGGAUUUAAAAAAUUCAUAAGAAGAGAUUUUUUACUUGAUGAGGCUAAUGGACUAUUACCAGAUGACAAACUCACGAUAUUCUGUGAGGUAAGUGUUGUUGCUGACAGUGUCAAUAUAUCUGGACAAAGUAAUGCUGUGUUAUUUAAAGUACCCGAGUGUCGAUUGCCUGAUGAUCUUGGUGGUUUAUUUGAAAAUCAAAAAUUUAGUGAUGUCACAUUGACUGUUUGUGGUAGAGAAUUUCAAGCGCACAAAGCAAUUCUUGCUGCACGUAGUCCAGUUUUUUCAGCAAUGUUUGAACAUGAAAUGGAAGAACGUAAACAAAAUCGUGUUGAUAUAACUGAUGUUGACCAUGAAGUAUUGAGAGAAAUGUUAAGAUUUAUUUAUACUGGUAAAGCAGCAAAUCUUGAUAAAAUGGCUGAUGAUUUAUUAGCUGCUGCUGAUAAAUAUGCCCUUGAAAGGCUUAAAGUUAUGUGUGAAGAAUCAUUAUGUACUGGUUUAAAUGUUGAUAAUGCUGCUGAGACACUUAUACUUGCUGAUCUUCAUAGUGCUGAUCAGUUAAAAGGACAAGCCAUAGAAUUUAUUAAUACGCAUGCGGCGGAAGCAAUGGAAACCCCAGGUUUCAAAUCAAUGAUACAUUCACAUCCUCACCUAAUGGCGGAAGCAUUUCGAGCCCUAGCAACACAGCAAAUACCACCAAUUGGACCACCACGAAAGCGAGUAAAACAAAGCUGAAAGCAAUCAUUGCUUAUUCCAGGCACAACAACUACUGUGUCAUCACCGCCCCACCUACAUCCAUCAUGAACUAAAUAAAAAUAAUUAUCUCUCUAUCACUCUUAAUCUCUCUCGUGUACAGUGAACAAAAAAAAAACAUGUUAUUAAUAAUAAUAACAUCAUCAUCAUCAUC